AUGCACAUGCACAUUGAAUACUUGAACAGAAAUUUAAGCAGAGUCAUUCAUAAGAAAGAGACAAAAGAAAAAAACAAAGAACCAGAAUUAUACAGCACAGAAAAAAGAGACACGCACAGAAAUACUCAUAAAAAAGGGGUUUUAUUAGAAAUUAAUUGUGACCGUUGGAUAAAAACCAGCCAGAAAAGGACUCAGAUAAUAUACAGAUCAGAUGCAUCAUCAAUAUUGUACCACAUGGCACUACCAAAUAAUUCACGUGUUAUAGAAUCAGGGACAGGCACACUUGGUUUAACAUACGCACUGAGUAAUUAUUUCAUGCAUGGGGUUAUAGAUACUGUAGAGUGCAAUAAUGAAAGGUUCACAGCAGCACAGAGUGAUAUAAUCACAGCAGGCAUGGUGAAUGUAAGGGUACACCACAGCACAAUAGAAGAGUAUAUUAGUACUGUAGUGCAUAAAAAAGAGAAAGUCAGUGGGAUAUUCUUAGACGUACCAGAACCAGAAAGUGUCCUCCCAGGAGCAGCAAGUAUUUUACACUCAGGAGGUAAAAUAUCUUGCUUCAUUCCGUGCAUAGAGCAAGUCCAGCGGGUUAUCCAGAAGGCAGAGAGUAUUUCAAAUUUAUGCGUAGAGAGAGUAUUUGAGAAUGUAGAAGUAUCACACAAGCCAGCACUUAUACAGAAUAAUACAGAAACUAUUUAUGGAACAACUCCAUGCAGUAUAAUACGCGGGCAUACAGGAUAUAUCUUAAUAAUAAGGGUGAUUCAGUAGUAAAUAUAAUAAAUACUUAAUGAAUAAAUAGU